AUGAAGGGGGCGGGCGGCGGCAGCGGGGCGGGCGGGCGCGGAGCGGAGCGGGCCGAGCGGCGCUGCCACACCGUCCGCCGCGGCGCCAGGGCCGGAAGUGAGGGGCCGGAAGGACCGCCCCCUGUCGUGUCGUGUGUGUGUGUGUGUGUGUGUGUGUGUGUGUGUGUGUGUCCCCCGCUCCCGCGCGACCACCCCGCCCGACUCUGCGCCUGCGUCGGCACGCCGCCACGCGCCGAACCCCCCGCCUCGCGCCUCACGGCCCGCCCCCAGGACGCGCAAGCGCACUCUGCCAACGGCGGGCGCAGAACGAGUCUCGCUCCUCGGGCGCAUGCGCAGUGCCGGGCCAGUGGGGCGGGUAAAGAGACACGUGGGAGAGAGGGGCCACCACCCGCUCGGCUUCGGCUGCGCACGCGCAGACCUACCGGCGUGACAUUACUCACAGGCUGCCGAGAGAAUUGUCCCCCGGCGGGCUCGCGGCGCCUACGUAGGAGAAAACGCACCGUUGCGCAUGCGCAUAGGCUGCCCGCGCCUGAAGCCGGCGGCUGUUGGCGCAUGCGCUCUCAGCCGUUCCGCCCUGAGACUGCUGUCUGCAGCAGCCCCUUCUGCGCAGAGCUGAAGUUGAUGUUCAUGGAGAGACGCAGCCUCCGACGUCACCGGAAGAGGAAGAAGCCUGGCAGCCCGGAGCACUUGACAUUGUGCGUUAUGCAAAUGGCUGUGCGUCAGAGGCACUGCUGCUGCCUGCUCGGGCGAGGGGCCCUGCGGAGGGCUUCCCACGGGAGCGGGGAACAGAGGAGCUCUUGUUCCAGCUCUUGCCGGUGCUGCUUCCAGCACGGUCGCCCGCUCGCUGGGCUGGACCGGCGGCAGCAGCGAUGCCCAUGGGGAUGGUCCCUCUGUCCCACGGCUCUGUCCUUUACUCCUGUAUUUUUCUCUCAGCUGGCAGAACAGGACACGUUAGUCUGUGGCUCCAAAGGAAGGCACUGGUUGUUACAGGGGAUUAAUAAACGUGAACCUCUGAGGCGCUAACCCUGCUGGUUUUGGGGCUCUUUGGGAGUUUUUCACCCUGUCGCUGAAUACUUCCUUCUCCGGGGAGGCUGGAGCAGCCCCGGGGCUGGCCCCAUGCUAUGUCCCGCAGUCCUCGCAGCACUCCCCGUCAACGGGGCAGCUUUUGGGGGAGAAGACGCCCCGCCAUGCUCGGGAGAGCCUGCCCGGUGCAGCAGAGCCCAGCUGCGGGUCCCUGUGCUGGCUGCCCCCGCCGCUUUGCUUCCCCCGCCCCGGGAGCGGCGAUUUUGAGCCUCUCGGCCAGGUUGUGACGGGCACAGGCCCAGUCUUCCAGG